UUAAUGGACAACACCAUUGACCAGUUGAAAUCAUCUUCCUCUUCGGAAGAGGAUCAGAUGGACUUGAUGAACAUGAUGAUGAUGCAACUUCCUAACGAAUUCUCUUCACCUAAUUACGCUGAUGAGACCAGCGUCCAAGGAUUCCACCCAUCACCACAGCUUCUUGGUGCACGCAGUAGCAGUACUAUGCAACUAUCAGAUUCAAUUGAUAACAGAAAUUCUAUCAUGCCCUGGUCUUCACCAUCCACCACAAUCUCUUUCUCUAACAACAACACUACCUCAAUGCUUCAAACAGAAUUGCCAUCUUUGUUGGGAAAUUCAGGUGCAACGGAGAAUAAGCGGAACUCGAUGGCGGCGAUGAGGGAGAUGAUAUUCAGAAUAGCGGCCAUGCAGCCAAUACACAUAGACCCUGAGUCAGUAAAGCCACCAAAGCGGAGGAACGUGAAGAUCUCGAAGGAUCCACAGAGUGUGGCGGCGCGGCACAGGAGAGAAAGGAUAAGUGAGAGAAUAAGGAUACUGCAGAGACUGGUCCCCGGAGGAACCAAGAUGGACACUGCUUCAAUGCUUGAUGAGGCCAUUCACUAUGUCAAAUUUCUCAAGGCUCAGAUUCACUCAUUGGAACGUGCUUCUUCUUCUGCAAGCAAUAAUAAUAAUAAUAAUGCAACUGCCAAUGCCCCUGGCGCCUCUUAUCUUUCUCUACCUAAACCUUAUCAAGGUCGAAAUGCUCACCAUUAUGGAGAUGCAUGA